CCAUGCAGACUUUUAGGCAAGCUCCUGCAAAGAGCUAAUUGGAUCUGCGGCCCAGAACUGAUGACUAUAAUAUUAUCUAUAAUGACUAUAUGCCCUGGUGGUGUUUGAUCGAGGUUAAACGAUGAAUUAGAAUUAAUUCUGUAAUGCAAUCAUUCCGUGGAGGCACAUGGCCUAGUGGUAGAGCGGCAGACUCACGGUCAAGAGGGAUUAUGGGUUCAAAUCUCAGAACAGGCAAUGUGUGUGUGUUGAUGAGCGAAACACCUAAGUUCCACGUGGCUCCAGCAGAGGAUAAUGGCGAAUUGCUGCUAACUCUUUCACCACAACUUUCUCUCACUCAUCCCUCCUGCAUCUACCCCCGCUCACCUGCGACGGACCGGCGUCCCGUCCAGGUGGGGAACCUAUACGCCAAUGAAGCCGGGAAACUGGGCCUUAUGAGCCAGGCAUGGCUCGGGAAGGAACAAACAGCAACAACAACCAUCAUUCUUUCAUUCCAGUCCCAAAGUUCUUAUCUCAACAUAAAAUUAAUGAAGCGAAUGUCACCUCCUCCUUAAUCGCUGACAUCAUCUGACAAACGCCAACCAAGAUGGUGUGAAUCAGCCAAGAUUUACCUGCUUCAAAUGAUAUCCAGACUUUGAGUGAAGAAUUCGUCAUUUCCAGCCAGCAAUGCAGGAGUCUUUUACUCCGAACUUAUUACCACCAGAAUCGGUCGUCUGCGUCCUAUCAGACGACAGCAACUACAGCAAAUGUUUCUACUGCCAGGAAAGAUUCGGCAACACGGCCGAACAGAUUUGGCCAAACCCAAACACAAAACCAUUCCAGUGUCAUGAGUGCGACAUCAAAUUCUACAAACUUGACCACUUUGUCGAUCAUUUCACUACCCACAAAGUUCAUGGCGAAGCCAGGCAGCCGUUCUUGUGCCCCACCUGUAACAAAGGGUUUGAAAAUAUCAUUGCAUUUUCACAGCACGUCACAUCCCACAUGGAAGGUAAACUGUACGCCUGCCCUCACUGCGAUGAGUCGUUUGAGUUUGAGAGCAACCUGAUAGGUCACCAGGUCUUACACAACAAGAAGAUUGACAGUUUGAUGAAGUGCGAGUCAUGUGAGGCACUCUUUCCAAUUGAGAACUUUGUCGCUGACCGGUUGAAUUCCAAGGAGUUGUACAGCUGUGAGAUCUGUUUACUGGACAACUUCUCUGACCUGCUGGAGUUGUGUUUGCACCGAGCAGUGCUUCAUCCAAGCUAUACGUACAGGUGUGCGCAGUGCAGAAAAAUCAGCGUUAGCUCUCAGAAGCAGAAUUCUGGGGGAAAUGGCGGGACCCUGUGUGAAGGGGACGUCGAGAGCCUAUGCAAUGGGGAAGACAACGGCGAGGUUAAGAACUCAGAGGAGCCGGGUGACUUGAGUGACAAUGAAAACCUUUCACAAGCAUUGAGCAUUCUCGGUCAGCAGGCAGGCCACGAAAACGGGCGAGGUGCCAUGCUGGACUUGGGUGUCGUCUGUGAGACCACCACUAGUCAUGUUAAUAAAAAUAACAAGAAGAAAAGAAAGCCCUCCGUUGGUAGUAGCAGUAACACUACUGCUGCUACUGUCAUCACCAAUAACAAUGGUGGUGGUGGUGGUGGUCAUGUGGAGAGUCGUAUAACGACAACAGUUGUUGAUAAAGUUCUUGAAGAAGAUGAUGACGACGACGACGAUGAAAAUAACGACAAUCAUAAUGACGACAACAGCAACAUCAUUGGUUGUGGGUCCCCAGAGGACGUGAAACCAAACCUUGUUGAACUGAAUAAGGACCUGGAGAUUUAUGCAACCAACAACGGCAGCAGCAACAACAGUGUUGCAGCUACUUGCAUGGAUAUUGUGCAACACUUCAGUGCAUCGGACAAAGUUAACGGUGAUGGCUUAAUGUCGCCGGGGUCGGGUGGAGGUGAGCUGGACGGCUGCGUGACGGUGAAUAUGAACCUAGGGGGCAGCAUUAGUAGUAUUGUGGAAAUGAAUCAAUUCUCUGAGUUGUUUGGGGGGCAAUCGAGUGAAGACAAGGCAACCCGGGGGUCGUCAAACAACAACAACAACAACACCACCAGCAUCAUCAGCAGCAUCAACUCGUCUUCUGUUUCCUCCUCCUCCUCCUCCUCCAUCAUCACUAUCGCCACUGGACACAACCACACAUCAAACGAACGGCAGUCAGGGUCAGGUGUCUACAGGAAAAAAUCUACCCUCGGCAACCCUGGUGCAACUCUGGCAUCGGCAAAAGGCGUGGCGACCAAGCGCAAUGCCAGCACGCUUCCUCACAUCAUGGAUGGUCCACUGCACAACCCAAUGUAUACAACAGACUCGCAGCAGCAGCAGUCGUCUGUGGUGGAUGGAACCGAAGACAACCGUCCUUUUCCUGUACUCUGUAUGAGAGUACCACCCACGGUCAGCAAUGACCAGUCGUCAGAGCUUGGGUCCAGUAUAUUGGUCAGUGACAGCCAGUGUACAUAUAAGAUUGGUUCCAUGGCAACAGAGUCCAGAUCUGUCAAUAAGAAUUCCUCAAGGUCUUCAGGGCCCAGUUCCGAGAAGCGGUCGCGCACCUCUGCAAGAUUGUCGUCCAACAGUCACCAUGACUACCAGCUGGUUUCCAGCACUGCUGGUAACCCCACCUACACAUCAGUGCGGAACGGGCGUGGCCCAGCAUCAGCAAGCACACAACGCCGGUGCCACGAGUGUGACAUUUGGAAGAAGAUGACAACGGAGACAGUGAGUCGGUUGGCGACGAAGGAGGCUGACUGCGAGAUGCACGUCAACCGUAUCCUACAGCUGGAGCAACAGCUGAAGGAAUCAGCGUCGCAGGUGUCAUCCUUGACGGAGGCCGUGCACACUCGGUCGAGCGACUGCCAACAAUACAUGCAGCGGAUCAAACAGCUGGAGCAGCAGCUGCUGCACCUGUUGCAGCAAGACAAUCCACAGCAAAAUCAACAGAAAAUACUGCAACAGAUACAGCACCAGGUGCAGCAGCAGCAACACAACUCCCUGUUACGUCAAACUGCAUCUGACGCCACCAUUGCUAGUCACUCAGACACAUCACAGUACAACUCCCCAAUCACCUACGAGUUUGGUCGGCCCCGUGCAGGAUUCGGCAUCAGCAAGUCUGUUGUUGACAAAUAUAAGAUGAUAGACAUUGGUCAAGGUUUGUACGUCCACCCAGAUGACUUGGCCGUUGUCCUGAGCAAAGCUGAUGGCCAGAAAAUGGUUCGUAAGCUGAUGAAUAUUGUGUUUAAGAAGGAGGACCUUGAACAAGGUGCCACACUCUCCCCGACUGGCAAAGGGAAGCUUCUAGAUCAAAGAAUUGUGGAUGUCAUGUUAGGUGAGUACAUAAAAAAAAGUCUAUAAUUUGUGGUGUGUGUAUAUAACUGGUUGUGUGUGGGUGUAUAUGUGCAUCUCUUCCUCACAUCUUCUCUCUUGUGCUCUACUUGCUGACCCUGUCACGUGAAAAGCAUCCAGUCCACACUGACCUCUCCUGUGCUUCAGCCAUCUACUCACAACGCUUUGGUCGUCCCGAGACUGUGGUAGGGACUGAACCAUGUGGUUGGGAAACAAACUUUGCCUAUAUGAUGUUUGUGCCUGUCAAUGUUUUUCUCCCUAACCAGUGUUGGUUUGUUUCUGUUCCUAUAACUUCUCAGUUUAAUAAAUUACCAUACUUUAAAAAUACAAAAAAAAAAAAAGAAAUUCUUGUUGAUUAAACCAUUGAAGGUGGUGCUCCAGCAUGACUGAAACGAGUAAAAGUUGCUUGUAUGUAUGUAAAGAAUUUAGAUGAACUUGUUGCCAUUUGUGAGUUUUUUUUCCAGGUUUUCUCUGAAGUCAUUUUCAUCAUCAUUAUUGUUUUAAUGUCUAUUUUUCCAUGUCUGCACGACUAACACAGGACAGUGAUAGUUCCCUUCUCUCUCGUGACUGUUUUAAUGUCUGCCGGACUGACACGAGACGGUGAUAGUUGGCUUCUCUCUACUGACUGUUUUAAUGUCUGCCCGACUGACACAAGAUGGUGAUAGUUCCCUUCUCUCUCGUGACUGUUUUAAUAUCUGCACGACUGACACGAGACGGUGAUAGUUCCCUUCUCUCUUCUGACUGUUUUAAUGCCUGCACGACUGACACGAGACGGUGAUAGUUCCCUUCUCUCUUCUGACUGUUUUAAUGUCUGCACGACUGACACGAGACGGUGAUAGUUCCCUUCUCUCUUCUGACUGUUUUAAUGUCUGCACGACUGACAUGACACGGCGAUAGUUCCCUUCUCUCUUCUGACUGUUUUAAUGUCUGCACGACUGACACGAGACGGUGAUAGUUCCCUUCUCUCUCGUGACUGUUUUAAUGUCUGCACGACUGACACGAGACGGUGAUAGUGCCCUUCUCUCUACUGACUGUUUUAAUGUCUGCACGACUGACAUGACACGGCACGGCGAUAGUUCCCUUCUCUCUUC